AUGAGACUUUCUUUGGGAGUGCUGGCUUCACUGCCGGUGCUUGUUGCUUCACUUGCCUCCACCGAUUCAUACCGCGAUGCUGACGCUCCGCAAUCCGGCUAUCUUCCGAAUCACAACCUGAACCCCAAUAUCGCAGGCUCUUCAGGCUUCAAGAGUCUAUGGACGUUCCAAUCCCCCAAUGCCAAGGAAAACUGGCUUGCCAAGCCUCUGGUUUACACCCCCAAUGGCGGAUCCGAGCUUGUCAUCACCGCCUCCGAGAUGAACAUUAUCCGUGUCUUUGACGGCAAGACCGGCAAGAGCCUGACAGAGAGGACCAUUCAAGCGCCAUUCUCAGCAGCUGACAGUAACUGCGGUGAUAUUCCCGACUUCAUCGGCGUUACGGGAACCCCCAUUAUUGACCCCAACACCGACAUCAUGUACGUCUUCUCGAAAGGGUACCGGGAUGGAACCACUUCUGGCACCGCCAACGGAGUCUACAAGAUGUACGCUCUCCGAAUUCCUAGUCUCGAAGAUGUCGCGGGCUUUCCAGUUCUCAUUGACGGUAUCAAUGCCGACAAUGAUGCUGGCCGGUAUCUGGUCGGCGGUGUGGCACUGCAGCGUCCAGCCCUGACGGAGCUCAACGGCCACAUUGUUGCUGCUUUCGGAUCGCACUGCGGCCGCUGGAACUACACCGGCUACAUCGUUUCUGUCAGCAAGACCCCAGGAGUUGGCCCCGUGAGCAUGUGGGCGACCGAAGCAGCUCCUGGUGCGCCUAGCCCCCAAGCUAUUGACCUUGCCAACGAAAGAAGCGGCAAGGCAGGUAUCUGGCAGAGUGGCAUGGGUCUGCCCACCAUCGGCAGCAACGUUUUUUUCGUGGCUGGUAACGGCCAGGGACACGCCAAUGGCAAUGUUCCAGCUAGCGGUAGAAUCGCCAUGUCGACGCUAGAUGAGUGCAUUGUCAAGAUGGAGCUGUCGGCUGCCGGCAAAUGGUCUCUUAUCGACUACUUCCAGCCCUUCGACUACAUUGCACUUGAUUCUGGUGACCGCGACGUUGGAUCUUCCGGACUCGCCGUCCUGGAUCCUACCGUUUUCAAGGGCGCUGGUGUCAACCGCAUAGGCGUGACUGCAGGAAAGAAGGGCAGAACUUAUGUGGUCAACGCCGACAAUCUCGGUGGAUUCCGUCAAGCUGCGGACGGUGGUGACGGUAUCUUGCAAACUAUCGAGCUCGGUGGCUCUCUGUAUGGUGGUUUCGGCAGCUACCCUGCUGAGGGCGGCUACAUCUAUGCAACCACCGUUGGCGGCGCUCUUGUUGCCUACAAGCUCGGCUUUGACUCCAAGGGCACACCGCAAUUCAGUCUCGCUGGACAGUCUACAUGGAUUUCUGCCGGCCGUGUUGGCGUUGGCCAGAUGACAAUCACAUCGGACAAUGGCAAGGCUGGUUCUGGAAUUGUCUGGAUUACUGAUGUCAACACCGGGCUCAUGGCCUUCAAGGCCAUUCCCCAGGACGGCGUCAUGGUCCCUAUCGCCCUUCCAUCGUCCCAAGGCACGAACAAGUACCAGCGUCCCGUUUUCGGCGAUGGCCGAGUGUUCUUCCACGUCAACGGCAACAAGCUCGUCUGUUUCGGUGCGCCGGUCAACUCUGCCGUCAACUGCACCUCUCCGCUCGACUUUGGAUCCUUGGAACUUGGAUCUACCGCGAGCGCCACUGUCAGCUGCAAGGCCAACGUCGCCUUGGCUGGUGUGGUAGGAUGUUCUGUUGCCGACGCGUCCUGGUCGUGCUCAAACUCGACUCUCCCUCAAGGCGCCGUGGCUGCGGGUACAUCCUUCAACUUGAACGUGACUUGGGACCUCUCAAACACUGCCUCAAAGGUCAUACCCGGCUUCCUCACUAGUGCCUUGACACUGGCUAUCAACGCCACGACCGACUACGCCCCGAGCACUUUCGUGACAGUUCAGGGCACCGUAGUUAAGCAAGGUGCUUUCCUCAAGGCGACUCCGUCGGAUAUCACGUUCGGAAGACUUGUGCUGCGGGAUUCUCCCGACGGUCUGACCGGUACUGCUCUGCUCCAGAAUAUCGGCAAUGGCACCCUCACCUUCACCGGAUUUGCUUGGCAGAACACUGCUGGCGCCUACACCAACUUCACCAGUGACGGCACUCUGGGUGCUGGAUUUACGUCGUCUGGAUUUCCUCCUGUCGGCUCCACUUUGGACUCUGGAAAGAGUCUUUCUGUUCCCCUCCGUUUCUUCCAAUCCAUUGCGGGCUCCUACGCCACAAAGGUUGCCAUCUGGUCAAACGGUGGCUCCGCUGUCCUGACGCUGAGCGCUUCCGUCAACGAUGCUCCAGCUGUGACGUUUGAACUUGCCGACGGCUCGGGUAACUGGAACGCACUCUCGGACUAUAACAUCGCCUUUGGCAAUGUUCUUGCUGGCACCUCGGUUGACAAGCAAAUCCGAGUCUGCAACAAGGGGGGCGCUCCGUUGACGAUUACCAUCUCCAAGCCUCCUGCGACGCCUCAGCUGUUUGCUUUGAACCCCACUGUCGAGCUUACCGAAGGGACGCAGGUUGCAGCUGGUACAUGCGCCAUCGGCAGCGUUGGCAUCCAUGCUGCUCCUGUUCAACCCAACCAUCCGUCUCAAGCUCUCAAAGCUCUGUGGACCAUCAGCACCGACGGCAACGACCCCGCCACCGGCCAAGCCUCUGGACUGCACAACAUCGCAUUCUCCGGCACUGUUGUCUCAAAACAAGUCGGACCUCUCCUCACGAACGGCACCGCGCGGUACCAAUGGGUUGGUUGUUUCCUAGACACAAGCAGUGCGGGCCGCAACUUGCAGGUUUCGGUCAACACAGCUGCUCAACAAACGACGAACACUCUUCAACAAUGCCAGACUCUAUGCCUUGCCAAGGGCUAUAUUCUGUCUGGAGUACAAUAUCACCAAGAGUGCUGGUGUGGCGGAAGCAUCAAGAAUCCGUCGACGUACACAGAUGACUCUCUCAAUCUGUGCACCUUUGACUGCACGGGUGACGAUACUCAGGCUUGCGGAGGUGAUAAUGGCCACAUGAGCUUGUACGCCGACAUCACCUCAUUCGAUAUCGCCAGUUUCUACCUCUCGCUCACCGCCCCAAGCUCCAGCUCCGGCUCCUCGGUGCCAGUUGCAACAAGUUCCAGCAGCAGCAUUGCGUCCUCUAGCAGUGCCGUCACAAUUUCGACAACCUCUGUCAGCGGAUCUUCUUCCAUCGGCGCCAGCAGCGCAGUUUCCAGCAUCAGCUCCUCGGCCCCAGGACUUUCCAGCAGCUCGAGUUCCAUCGCCUUGUCAUCUUUCAGCAGCACGCCGGCCACAAGUACAGUUGCUUCGUUCACGUCUACAUCGUCAUCAAGCACCUCCUCUUCCAGCCCUUCGUCUACAACGGUCAUGUCGCCCAUAAACUCCCUCAUGCCAGCCGUAGUUAGUGGUCAGUGGCAAUACUCUGGCUGCUUCAAGGAUCUCGUCAACAAUACGCGCCUGCUAGGCGAAGCCUCCAUAGCUGCAGAUGACAUGACUUUGGAAAAAUGCGCCGCAUUCUGUAGCGCCGGGGCCUACAACGGCGGAGCGUUUAAUUACUUUGGUGUCGAAUAUAGCCGUGAGUGCUACUGCGGCUGGGAUGUCAAGGCGGCUCAAACUUCUACCGCGGAGUCGGAUUGUUCUUCACCAUGCAGUGGCUCGAAAGUCGGCUUGUGCGGUGCUGGUGCUAGGUUGUCAGUCUACAGCAACACGGUCCCGAACAAGGUUCCCUCCGCUCCCCAACAUGUUCCACAAGCCGGCAACUACAAGUUCUUGGGCUGCCAGACGGAAGGUAGCAACGGCCGCGCCUUGACGGGCGCCUUCACUGCCGCGGACACAAUGACUGUCGAAACUUGUGCCACCUUCUGCUCUGCCGGCAACUGGCAAUACAUGGGUGUAGAAUAUGGCCGCGAAUGCUUCUGCGGCAAUACCCCAAACGCAGGAUCCUUGCCGGCUGCGCUGACAGACUGCAACAUGCUCUGCAAGGGCAAUGCGCUUCAAUACUGUGGUGCCGGUGGGCGUCUUGACCUCUACCAGUUCUCUCCAGUCAGUCCCAGCUCGGCUUCAAGUACGGCAUCGUCGCCCACGUCGACAAUAUUCAGCUCGUCCUCCACCCUGGUGUUGUCAACCUCGUCUGUUCAGACAAUUUCCUCAAUCGUGGCCUCAAGCUCUCCUGCGUCGCCGGUGCCAUCAUCGGCUUCCGAUCUUCCGUCAACUUCUUCCUCCGUUCUUCAAUAUAGUAGCUUGGUAUCUACUUCCACCUCGGCUUCAUUCACCGGCCCGUCAGCCAGUGUUUCGUCAAGCUCUCCGUUGAGCAGCUCGGCCGUACCUUCAUCUAGCUCCGUCGUGGCGUUGACGACCACCUCGAUAGUCAGCAGCUCUUCCGCAGCGCCGCCGACGUCCUCCUCCUCGACCAUUCCCGUACCAACUGUCCCGGCUUCAACCACGGCAAGCAUUUCGUCCCUCAUCAGCGCAAGCACGACUGCGGGUCCCACUGCCACGCCCACAAACGGCUACUACUACAUUGGUUGUUUCCAGGACACCAAUGCGGGACACGCACUGCCUGGACUAUUCGCCAACAACAGCGGUACACCCGAGCUUUGUAUUGGCUACGCCAACUCGCUCUUCAGCAAUUCGCCAACCUCGACGACCAAGUUGCCGUAUGUCUUUAUGGAAUACCACCACGAGUGCUACGGCGGUAGUAAUUUCGAAUUCAACGGCGCUGCCGUCACGUCACUGGUCGGACGCGGUGCCUGCAAGGAUUACUGCUACGGCAGCGUCAGCACAUUCUCAACGAACGGCGUGCUCACGACUACCACUGCGACCGCCAACUAUUGUGGCGGACCUCGCAUGUUCGACUUGUACGCUUUGUCAACGGCAGUAGCCUGGCCUACCACUGGCGGGCCUCUGGUCACGCAGACUGUCAACUGA